UACCAUGAAAGAGUGCAUAUAUCAUUCACAGUUCAAUAACUAGAUUACUAAUGUUUCGCAUUACAGCUGUUCAUACUUUUUCGCUGGUAACUGAAAACGCCUCCACGUGGAUGAACGACGAACGAAUAUGGAGCCGUAUUAUACGUUCAAGUUUUCGAUAGUACUGCUUGGAAAGCGAUUUAUCAAGAAUGAGCCAUGCUAAUGUAGGAAUGAAGGUGUACGCAAGUAAUUUAUCAGACAUACGACAGAGAAAAUCAGAAAAGAAAUUUCGCGUGAACAGAAUGGUGGGACUAGAUAGUGAUGAAUCACUUCGAUCGAAUAUUUCCGAUAUUACCAUGGAAGUGGAAAUUAAAACUGACGAGGAAACGGAAAGCGAUGGAGAACAUACACAGCGACUUAUACCAUCGCCGAUUGAUCAUCAAUGUAUUAACGAUGAUGCGAAAAAAUCAGUUACACGAGACACUCAAUUUAGGCAAUUCAGAGAUGAGAAUGUUUGGUCUAUAUCUAUACAAAUGUUUGUGCCUUUUCUGUUAGCUGGUUUCGGUAUGGUGGCUGCCAGUAUGUUACUGGAUGUUGUGCAGCAUUGGCCUGUAUAUCAAACAGUAUCCGAAGUAUAUAUAUUGGUGCCAGCAUUGCUCGGCUUGAAAGGAAACUUGGAAAUGACAUUAGCUUCACGAUUUUCAACUCAUGCAAAUCUUGGACACAUGGAUACAAAGAAACAGCAAUGGACUUUGAUCGUUGGAAAUCUUGCUUUAAUACAAUGUCAAGCAACCGUAGUAGGCUUAUUGGCUUCUUUAGCUGCUAUCGUACUUGGUUGGAUUCCAGAAGCACAGUUUGAUAUUUACCACGCGCUUUUGUUAUGCGCCAGUGCCUUAGUUACUGCAUCCAUAGCAAGCUUUUUGUUGAGCUUGGUGAUGGUCGCAGUUAUAUUAUUAUCCAAACAGAUAAACAUCGAUCCAGAUAAUAUAGCCACACCAAUUGCAGCUUCCCUCGGUGAUUUAACCACUUUGAUGCUUCUUUCAGGAAUAGCAUCUCUUCUAUUUAAAGCAACAGAAUAUGCACAAUGGAUAGCACCCAUGUUAAUAAUAUUUCAUGUCAUUGUCACGCCACUUUGGUAUUAUAUCGCAGCUAAAAAUCCAUUUACCAAGGAAAUAUUAGAUUACGGCUGGGCACCUGUGAUAUGUGCAAUGUUAAUUAGCAGUAUGGGUGGUUUGAUACUAGAUUAUACGGUAUCCAAUUACAAAGGUAUAGCAGUAUUUCAAUUAGUAAUAAACGGCGUUGGUGGUAAUCUAGCUGCUGUUCAGGCUAGUAGAAUAUCGACGUCUUUGCAUAAAGAUUGCCGAUUAAAUAAUCAAGAAAUACCCGUCGUUCGUUUCAACCCGUUCUACGUUUUCUGUACCAAAGGCGGACACGCAAGGACUGCUAGAGUUCUGUUAACAAUGGUAAUACCUGGUCAUUUGAUAUUUAGCUAUACCAUUAGUUACCUCCAAGCUGGUCAUACUUCCUUUACACCUAUAUUUCUCAUUGUUUAUCUGACUGCCGCUUUAGUACAGGUAGUAUUAUUGUUAUACAUCACGCAAUUGAUGGUUGUAUGGAUGUGGAUACGAGGAAUGGACCCAGAUAGUUCUGCAAUACCAUAUCUAACUGCAGCAGGUGAUUUGAUAGGAACGGCACUACUAGGAAUCGCGUUUCACCUACUGUAUGCCAUUGGAGAUGGGGAUUCCGAUGUUGGAGAUUGAUUGGAUUUUAUAUUCAGAGCUCGCGUGAGAUACCGAAUGUGUAUAGAAAAGAGAACAUUGAUGAUUUUAUGUGAUGUUUAAUUGAGUUUGAAAUAUUUCAUGCAAUUCCUAUCUUUAUACAUUGUAUUCUGUAACAAGUCAUAUUAUUAUUUCUUUUAUCCUUUGUUUUCUUCUGUUAGCUUAUUUUCUUUUUUGCCAUUUUUCGUUGUACAGUACUUUUUCUUGAUUUUGACGCAAAUGUAAAAAGUAAUGAAUAUUAUGGACGGAGGAAGGAAAGUUAUCUGAUUUUGGAGCAAAUCUUGAAUUGUUUCAAAGUCAGUCAAUCUCAUAGGCAAUACGUUCGUGAAGUUUACACGAUAUGUGAUCGAAUCGUUCGAUUCUUAAAUAUCAAUAUUUACGUAUUUUUACAUGUAUGUUAUUAAUGUAUAAAGAUACAUACUUAUCGUUUGUAUUUCUCUAUACAAUCAUGCAAACACGUAUGUACAAACGUUAAUAACAUUUGAAGAACACAGCGUUCAUUUCAAUUGCCAUUUUUAAAGCGAGCACGUCCAGCAUACCGUAUAUAACGCAACAUGCUCAACUAUUUUGUACCAAAUAUUGUACUUACUAGUCGAAAUAAAUUCGACUAAAAUAUA